AAAUCACAACCCUUUGCUCUGUAAUAUAUCCCUUUUUUCACUCAAAGUUUUGCCUCCCUGCCCAUUAAACCUUUCUUCAUUAGCAUGACUUUUACCUUGGAGAAACAUAUAUUCAAUAUUAUAGGCUUGGAGUUCUUUUGUUUUCUCCCCGAAGAGGUAAAACCCUGGGGGAUUUAAGUAUCUACUUGAUAGGCUCGCACAAUCUUAAUCAGCCUAUAAUGGAGCUAAUGGCUGUUUGUCAUCAUUGGAGAUAUAAAUUUCCUGGUGAUGUCUACUGCAGUCAGUGCAUGAAGUAUGCUCUGGCUGCCAGCAAGGUCUAAUAACCAGGAGAAGGGCAGUCAGCUUCAUUAGUGAGAGCGAGACUGAGACCGUACUGCCUGCUUUUCUGGGGAACUCUGCUCUUUUUGAAUACCGAGGGGAAAAAUGGAUAAUGCUGUUGAUGGUUUGGAUAAGGCUUCGAUCACUAACUCAGAUGGACCAGCCCCAGGAUCCCAAACUCCCCCCUUCAAGAGGAAGGGCAAACUCUCCAGCAUUGGCAAAAUCUUUAAACCUUGGAAAUGGCGAAAGAAGAAGACUAGUGACAAAUUCAGAGAAACAUCAGCAGUGUUGGAAAGGAAGAUUUCGACAAGACAAAGCAGAGAGGAGCUGAUAAGAAGGGGAGUACUGAAGGAAAUGCCUGAGCAAGAUGGUGAUGUAACAGUAAAUUUUGAAACCUCAAAUGGACACACCGUAGCCAUUGGUGAAGAAACUAUACAGGAAGAAAAUGUGGUAAAAGCCACUGGAGAUAAUGGUGCUUCACCAGAGAAAGCAUCAGCAUUGGAAGGAAAACAAGAAGAUCAAAAAGAGAACACUACUGAUCACUGCCCAGAAAUACCGACAUCCCAUGCUCCACCACUACCCAAGCCUAAGCCUAAAUCUAAAAAAGCUCCGCUACCACCAAAAAAUGCUAGUGCUGCUUCCACCACCACCAGCCAUAAGAAUAACGAAGCACCUCAUGCUAAAAAAAAGGGAAAGGUUCUUGCUAAACAGCCUCCUCUCCCACCACCCAAGCCAACAGGUCACAGUGCAAAUCGAGAAGCUGCUAGUUCCUCUCAUGCAAAAAAAGCACCAGUCUCCAAGUCCUCUUCAUCACCAUCUCCUUUGUCCACAUCAUCUCAGCCCAAAACCUCUAAGGAAACUUCCAGCAAAUCGGGCACAUCAGGGACUCCCAGGGGCAAGAAAAAACCUGGGAAACAGUCAGCCCCACGAACAGUGCCAGAUGGGGCUGCUGCUUCCCCCUCAGGUGCCACAGCCAACAGGUUGGAAGUGAAGGCAGAAAAACCUGAGCCUGAGCAACCUUCCAUAGUAAUUUCCGAAACGGAGGAUGCAGACCAACCAAGCAAGCUUGUUGUCCCCCCUCCUCCCACCGCUGCCCCUCCUCCACCUCCACUUCCACCUCCUUUUCCUGCUGCAGCCGCUCAGCCCGCUGGCUCCUCAGAUGCCCAAGGUGUCUCAGACAGCUGUGUGGCCGGGCUCUCCGUCCCCGGGUCAGAUUCUAAAUCUCUGCUCCAGACUGAGCAUGGCACAGAUGAGAGCCUGAAUAGUAUGGCCCUGAACAGCAGUCAGGAUGCUGGUGGAGAAGACACAAGAAGCUUGGCUUCCAAAGAAGACCAAGAAGAGGAGACACGUGACCAGGCACACUCUGAAGUGAUGGGGGAGGCUUCUGAUGAUGCUGCCCCUCCUGAGAGUGAAAGUAGCAGAGAGAGCCACAGCAGCGACUCAGACUCUGAUGGGCCAAUACUGUACACAGAUGAUGAUGACGACGAUGACGAUGAUGAUAAUGCAAGUGCUGAAAGCUCUUUGGCAAGUAAAAUUCGUCGUAGGGAUACUCUUGCUAUCAAACUUGGCAACAGACCAUCUAAGAAAGAAUUAGAAGACAAAAACAUCUUACAGCGUACAUCUGAAGAGGAGAGGCAGGAAAUCAGACAUCAGAUUGGAACGAAGCUAGUGAGGAGACUUAGCCAGAGGCCUACAACUGAAGAGCUAGAGCAAAGAAAUAUCCUGAAGCAGAAGAAUGAAGAAGAGGAACAGGAAGCCAAAAGAGAAAUAAAACGUAGACUCAGUAGAAAGCUCAGCCUGAGGCCUACAGUGGCUGAACUUCAAGCAAGAAGAAUCCUUCGAUUUAACGAGUACGUGGAGGUCACGGAUUCUCCAGAUUAUGACCGUCGUGCUGACAAGCCCUGGGCCAGGUUAACUCCCGCAGACAAGGCAGCAAUACGGAAAGAGCUGAAUGAAUUUAAAAGCACAGAAAUGGAAGUACAUGAGGAAAGUCGGCAAUUUACCAGGUUUCAUCGUCCAUAACUAUUUGACCAUGUCCCAUAUUUUAUGUAACAAUUUCUUUGGGGAAACCAUUGUGUCCUGAAGACCUGAGAUUGCACUGGAACUUGACUGAGUGUGAGUGUGUGCUACAGCUUCCCCUGAAGUUAACAGAGGAUGAGGCCCUCGCCUUUACCAAUGGGCAAAUGUUUUGUCUCGAAGGAGAAUCCACAUGAAGUGUUGGUCACUGUUAAGGCAGACCAUGGUUCUGUGGUUAACCCACACAGAGGAGUCGGUGGACUUCUUCAUCAGAGCCCCACAAGUCAGGAAGAACUGAAGACAAUCGCUUGAGAGCCUGUUACCAGGAACUCGUUGGACUUCACAGAGUUGUGACUGAGGGUAACUGAGGGAGGAGUGUGAAAAGCACUGAGAGCAUGGGGGAAGAGAGACUUCACUUGUCAGUCCACAGAGAAAAGUGGAAUGGAUGGGACUGCUUAACAAUGCACUGGGCCAGUGGGAGGAAUUAUUUUUUUAAAAAAAACUGAGAGUGUGAGCAACUGUGCAUGUAUUUUUAUUUUCAGUGGCCACAGCCUGUCUUAGACAACAAGCCACAAGUCCUCAUGUCAUCAGUACUUUAGUGAAGAACUGUAAUUUUCUCUGGUGCCAGUAAAUACAGUUGCCAGAAAUUAUUCCUAGUAUAACUCAGCUGUCUUUUUUAAAAUGCCAGUGAGCAUGCUUCAAGAAAAUACGUUGAACAUUCAUACAGAACAAGUCACAGAUGUUUUUGGUUUUUAAUGUUGACAUACUCUGGAUCCUCAGAAAUACAUAAACAGGAUUUGAAGGACACGUAACGUGACACUAUGAAUGCAAUGAAAUGCCUCAUGUUUAGAAACACUCCUUGCUGUCUGUGGCUUGCCAUUCAAACCAGAGGGAUCAUUAACUUUCUUCCCUAUGGUAGGCAGUGGUGACAGCUUUGACAUCAUGCUAGUGUGAAUCCAAAAUCAGAAACUAAAUUAGGCACAAAAGUUUUCACUAGUAGGCUUGAGCAGUGAUUACUAAUGUGACUUUUUAUGUUUAAGGACUCUUGCACUGCUUUGAGGAAGAACUCACGGGUGAAUCAGUAUGUCUUCAGCCAGUGGCCCUGUAAAAGUGAACAGAAAAUCCUUAGAGUGUCUGCAGCCUGUUUUUGUUGAGUGUGAAGAAUGCUUCUUAGAUCCAUAAUUUUUUAUACUAUCUUGAAAUUGUAUAUGUGAAUACAGUACUAUUGAAAUUAAGUGGUAUGGAGUGUGAAAGGCAAUACAUGUUUUUUUCUAAGUUGGCCCAAAGGCCUAUUAAAAAAAGCCUGUGGUGUUGUUUACACUAAGAAAUUCUCUGUCUUACAUUAGCACUUAUUUAUCCUUUGAAUUAAUGUACACAACAUUUGGGGGGGGGGUCUGAAAUUCACAUACACAUACAUUUAAUGCAGUAUUACAAUAUAUUUGCUAUUUAUCCUUUCUAAUGUGUGUACAUAUUACAAUUUAUUUUUGUCUUUCAUGUGCCCUGGUUUUAGUUUUUAAUUGUGAAGUGUAAGUAUUUCUUUUUUCAGGCAAUAAAAGGUCUGUGUAGAUGUGAUUUUUACCUCAGAACCUGCAAUACAUUCUUGUGGAAUGUUCUUAGUUUAUAAAAUUGAAGGUUGUUGUUUUAGAUGUCAGCCUAAAGGCAGGAAGGCAAUUUGGUGGCUAAAAUUAGAUCUCCCUCUUUACUGAUAUUUACGACAAGACCAGGUUUGUAUAAAUGGGGUGCAUUAUUUUAGUAAAGAGCACUUCUAGUAACAGGAGAAUGCUUUCCAACAGCUGGCACUCUAUUAUUUUUAAAGCAAUUGACAAACCUUUUUGUAAAAAAUGUAGAUUUAUAUGACUGUUAAGACCACUUACAUUUUAGUAAAAAUCUAAUGACGUAUAGACCCCAAAAUAUCAAUAACCACAUAAAAUAACCAUCUGCAUGCUUGUAGCAAAUAAAAGGAAGCAGCACCUUCCUUUUUUAAUGGAAUCGAUAAGAGCCAUUAGGAUUCCAUUUGGAGAAAACAGUUUAGCUUCUGUGAGGCCCAUCAUUUUAUAAAUAUAGAAACACCACUUUGACAUCAAGGAAGCAGCAAAAAUGUAUUCUUUGGCACUAAAUCAUACAGGAGUGAUCAGGCCAUUAGAGUUAAGGUUUGUCAGCAAUUCUGGUAGAAUCCUAAUUUUUAUUUUUAGAAUUUGAAGAGUAAACUUAAAAAUUUACACUAGUACUUAUAAAUACUUCUCCUGCUUAAACUCUUUAUUGUUGUUGCCAAAUUUAGAAAUGUGUGUCCAAUAUCCUAUAAAAGCCUAUGGUGUUGACUUUGAAGUAUAAAAGACAGUAUUUCACUUCAAAGGAAACAAGUGGAGCAAUUAAAUAGACCUCAGUGUUGUCUUAAUCACUUUGAAACAUUUGAGAGCAGCCAAGAUACUAAAGGCAGAAAGAUUGCUGCUGUGCAGGCAGAAUAACGUGGACAAAGGUAAGGUCAGACUAAAUAAACUUUAUAUAAGACAGUAGCUCCACUGACAUGCCAGGGUCCACGGGGGUUACAUAAUCAACCAAAACUUGUUAAACACUUUGGAUUAAGUGGAUGAAUUGACUUUGCAAGAAAACAUUCCUCUGUACUAGGGCUGGAGCAUGGACGGAAAGACAGGUGCCACCUACUCAUUUUAAGAGUUAAAACACGAAGAUGGGGACACAACUUCUGGCUUAGACUUCCUCAAGCUGCUUUUUGCCAUAAGACAUGAGGCUACAAAGGUGAGGUACCGCUUAGGCUUUCCCUACCCUCCAUGUUUGUGUUUCUUGUAAAGUAUUCACUACUAGCCAUUGCUACAGGCAGAAUACCAGCUAAUCUUUAAUUUCUCAUAUAACUUCUUAUCAUUUUGAUGAUAAAUAAUCAGAUGCAUUCUUUGGCUCACAAAUCAGCCAACUACUAAAGCAAAAUUAUAUAAUUGGACAGAAAGAGUUGCCUUUAUUGGAACUUAUGUUAAAAUGUAGUAUACUUGCAAAAUUAGAACUAUAUCCAUCAUGUAUUGUACCCACACACAGACUUAGAACUGUAUAUACUAUUUUUAUAUGCUAAAUAUCAACUGGCAGAAAAAUGACAGCUGUAAAGUGUUAUCCAUGCAAUAAAAUAACAAGAUUUUGGUAUGUCACUAUCUCCAGUGAAGCAAGUUUGCUUUACCUUAUUGAGCUGCCUGGAGUUGGUUUCUCUCUGCAUUGAUGAUUUCAGAUGUCUUCAAGUUGCUACAACAGCCCAUUGGAAAUAAUACAUUAUAUACGUAACUGCCAAUGGUGCUACAUGCUACAUGGGAGAAAUCAGGAUAAAUCCUGAGAAACUCCCGAGUGAGUAAUCCUUGAGGAAAAAAAUUAAAAAUAUGUAAAAAAGGCAAAGAAGAAAAUAACACUUUCCAUGCAACACGUAAUACAUUCCAGCUGGCAAAAAGGGAUCAAUGCAUAAAUUUUUAUCAAGGUGGACAAAUCAUUUAAAUGUGAUCUACAACAUACGACAUUUACAGACAUACCUAUGUUCCACAGAGUCAGAUAGGAAUGCAGAUGCCUACAUGCACACAAAGAGAAAAUGAAAUUAUCUCCUAUCUUACACUCAUCAGUAGGAUCACGCAUCACAGCAUGUUGCUGUGGGUGCAGAAGAAUGAUGCUUAAUCAAAUGCUAAUUUCUUCUUCACAUAACCAAUUGAAAAGGUUCUAGAAUGUCUCCCAUCUCUCUCUUCUUUCAGAUAAUACAUAUUGUCCUUGUAAGUGAAAUCAGUUGUUUCAAAUGAAAAGUAGUCUCCCUGAAUUUUCUCAAGUUGUGAUAUAUGUGUUGGCUCAACAAGUACUAAAAAAUUUAUUUAAGCUAAAUGCUGAUAAUUAUUUAAGCUAAAUACCAUUUUUACCGAUGAUUUGAGACAUGGUAGGACCAGGAGCAGUGUCUCUUAAAAAUCACUGAAAGUAUUCACAGCCAUUUGUAGGUCUACAAGACUCUAUUUAUUUGUUGGGUUUAGCAUUUACCUACGGUUCUGCGUGUCCCUUGCUGUGGUGGACUUUACCGACCUCUGAUGUGGUGUGGGACAGGGCAGCCCCACCUUCUGCGUUGGCCACACGGAGCAGCUCUUAGAAAAGCACCACAACCUCAGGUUUGAUGUAAAAAAUUUAUCAGAUGACCAUUCUUUUUUUUUUUUUUUUUUUCCCUUGAAAACCAAAUGAAAGCUGUGAAACAAAGAGAUGAAAGUGUCUCUGAUAUUACAGAAAUCAGACCACACCUUCCAGAUGAGAUUAGUGCUUUUUUUCCAGCGGAGAUGCUUCAAACCCAGAUCCAUGAUUAGUGAUACUACAGCUACAUCAGAGAAUUUGUUUAAAAAUAGCUGUCACUUAACCUGAGUAUAAAUAUAGUCAGAGCCACAAUUUUCUAUCAUCAUAAAAUUGGAGGAUGAUCCAGCCAGCACAGACUAUCUUAUCAUUCUCACCUCUAUCUUGCCACUUGGGAUCAACCAAAAGCCCCUCACAUCGGCUGCAGCUAGCAGGGGGUCGGAGCCGGGGCAGGGGGAGCCACGCUGUCACCUGGGGACCUGGCAGACGGUGCCAGGACGGGUCUGGCUGAGCACCACUGGCAUCUGAAGUAGCGACUAGAAUAUGAGCCCAUUUCUUCAUGUCUUUCAACACUGUAAUGAUAAAGUAAACCAAGCUAAAAGCCUACAUUUGCAUUGAACUGUCAGGUAUACCAGAACUGCAUCUUUUAAUGCGUUCACGUCGUGUGGUUUUAUUUGUAUCUUAAGGAGUUAAGACCUGCACCGCUGCUGUGAACUAAAAAAAAAAAGACAAUGUACUCAGGGUGAAAAACAGAAUAAAUUUUGCCUCCUGCUUUAAGGAGCUCCCACAUUUAGUUCUGUUAUUGUUGCUGUCUUUAUUGUCCAAAGCUCAGUGCAAUGCCCACUGCUGCGACCUAGCUUUUGAAAAAAAAAAAAUUCUAAAAGUUUUUAGUAAGUUGGUAUUACAAUAUUUUGAGGAUUAAAUUGAAAGUAAAUUCCCCCAGAAUAGCUUAAAGCUUCUAUUUAACAGAGAUUUGGAAAAAAAAAAAAAUAAAGUUUAUCUUUACAGAGAAAGGGAGAGGUGGAGUAAAAAUAACAUCUUUCACUGUGAUGUUUUGACAGAUUUCUAUUUAUUAACUUCAAUAAUUAAUAAAGUCUUGUUUCACUUUGUCAGUGUUGCCAUCUUGUUUCAGGAUUUUAAUAGAAAUAGAGCUCAUAUGAUCUAGAUACAGCAUUUCACCAAUAUUUAAUUAUUUUCUAGAAGCUAAAUAUUGUAUUGGUCAGGAACAAAUAAAUUAAUGGUAUUCUCUGUAUCUCCUCCUCAUUCAAUCAUUAAUUCUUUAUAUUAAAAAUGUCUUGCAGUAUUAUGUCAAAUUUAACCAUGUUUGAACAUUGUUAUAAUACAGUAAAAUGUUGCUGAACAUAUAUUAUCUUCCUUUCACUACUUUCUGUGGUGGCAUAUUGAUUUGUAAACUUGUAUGAAUUUUGGAAUUAAAGAAAUACUGUGUUUUGGAUUAUUA